AUGAGCGCUGACAAAGUAAUCGUGUAUUCUUUCCCUCGUGCAUCAGCUAUCCCCAGCCAAUCUCCAUUUGUCCUCAAGUUGGAGACAUUUUUGAGGAUGGCUGAUAUCCAAUAUCAAUGCGAUCAUCGAAGUAAAUUUUCAAAAAAGGGCAAGAUUCCUUGGAUUCAUUGUCAAGGAGACGCCGUGGCUGAUUCAUCAUUUUGUGUAGAAUAUUUGCAGAAAAAAUUCAAUCGAUUUCUUGAUGCAGAUUUAAGCGAGGAAGAGAAGGGUAUUUCACGAGCAUUCAUGAAAAUGAUGGAAGAGAACACAAUCUGGGCUACGAUCGUUCAAGGGCGAAUAGUGGAAAAUUUUCCGUGGUUUUUGCAAGCAAUUCAUGUUCCUAAAGCUUUACACUUCCUCCUAAAGUUAACCCUACGGCGAAAAAUUACAGGCUAUAUGUGGUCUCACGGCAUUGGUAGGCACUCCAAUGAGGAAAUCCAUAGCAUUGGCGAGACCGAUCUACAUGCCUGUUCACAACUUCUUGGCAAAAAGCCAUAUUUUAUGGGCGAUCAGGCAACAGUAAUCGAUGCUACCAUGUUUGGCUUUCUUGCACAGUUGCUAUACGAUAUGCCUGAUCAUCACUGGACCACUGAGUUGCUUGUCAACAAGUACCCCAAUUUGAGCCAAUUCUGCGAUCGGAUGAAAAAUAAAUAUUGGCCCGACUGGGACGAACUGUUAGUCAAAGGGAAAGGCGGCAGUUCCAAGUCCGAUGGUAAUGAAAACAAUUUAUAA